AUGAUUUGUAAGGUAAGAACCUAAUUUAAACAUAAGGGUCAUUUGCUUUUGUUUUCACUCUGGAUAAUUGAUCCUGCUUUAUAAAUGCAAUCUCAAGGAAAUCAGAAAGUAUAAUGCAAUGACCACUUGACUUAUUGAAAUCUAAAUUAAACAUCUUUAUAAUUUCUCCGUGACUUUUUAAGGGAUAUUUAUCUUAAUAUAUUUGUUAUGCUCUUGCUUAAUGGGAUGGCAUGGAGAAUUUUCUCUGGACAAUCUCUUGUGUUUUUAUAUCUUUUUUCAUUGUCACUAUUUUAUGUAUUCUGUGCUUACAAUGCAAAGUGCCUGAGACACAUUUGUAUUAACAGGCACUAAAAUAAAAUCCUUGAAUCCCUGAGCGAUUUGCACUGCUGCCUCAUAUCCUCGGACAGCUGAGCUCAAAUCCUAAAAGCAAAAUUAUUACAUCCUCAUCCUUCCCAAAGCUGCAAAUUUCCAUUUGAUUGUUUAUUCUCAAAUAGCAAAGUAUAGGAGUGAAUGUUUCAGGUGUCAGACAGGUGUGUCGUGUUCAAGGUUUGAUCUUGGCAUAUGCUCAGCCACUAACCUGUAUUGGAAUUGAAGGGACUGGAAAAUGAAGGAAUAGCAAUGUGAAGUGACAUGAUGUGAAACCACGCAAGGUAACCUGUUAAUUUAAUUUCUGAUGCUAACUUUCAACAGUUGACCAUGAAGGCCAUCUUUUUUAUGGUGUGUCAGGCUCUUUGCCUUUACCUCAUCGUGUGUAUUGACAGUCGUCUGGACUUCAAGUGGCAGGUUUGGAAGAAGACCCACGGCAAACAGUACAAGAAGGCAAGUGAGCUGCAAAAAAGAACAAUAUGGGAAGAGAACUUGAGGAAAAUUAAUGCCCACAACUUGCAGUACAAGAGAGGAAAAACAACCUUUAAGUUGGGAAUGAACCAGUUUGGAGAUCUAACAUCUUCAGAGUUUGCCAGUAUGCUGAGUUCCUAUUCUGUGAAGCACGUGAGGGAUGGCACACUGUCUGCCACCGACCUGCGGAGUGCUGCCAGUAAGCUGAACCUCACCAGUAUCGAUUACAGGACACUGGGGUACGUCACACCCGUCCAAGACCAGGGAUAUUGUGGCUGCUGUUGGGCAUUCAGUGCUGCUGGAGCAAUAGAGGGGCAAACCUUCAAUAAAACGGGCAAGCUGAUACCACUGAGCAAGCAGAAUCUCUUGGAUUGUGCAGAGUAUCUGGGGAACCAGGGCUGCUCAGGCGGUAGGCCCUCUCUGGCCUUCCAGUACGUGAUCGACAAUGGAGGAAUUCAGGCUGAGGCGACCUAUCCCUACACAAUGGCAGUUGGGUCCUGUCGUUUCAACAGCAGCAAGGUUGCUGCCACUGUAGCAAAUUACAAGUACCUCCCAAUUGGCAAUGAGCAGGCUUUGGCAGAUGCCCUGGCAACCAUCGGGCCAAUCUCAGUGGUCAUAGAUGCCACUCAGAUAAGCUUCCAGUUCUACCUGUCUGGAAUCUACAAUGAUCCAAAGUGCUCCGUAAAUAACUUAAGUCAUGCCGUGCUGGCAGUCGGCUAUGGGUUCCAAGGAAGUAGUAAUUACUGGAUUAUCAAAAACAGCUGGGGCACCAUGUGGGGCGUCAAUGGCUACCUGAUGCUGGCCAAGGACAAAAACAACGCCUGUGGAAUCAGCCAGUAUGGUGCUGUCCCUUUUGUCUGAGACAUGUGACUGGCUCCCUUUGUGUUCCUCUGAUUUGAGUGCAGUCGUAAGCUGGACUCUCAUCAUUGGAGUUGUGUACAAUUAGGAAUCUGGGGUGUGGGACGUGGUGGAAUGUGAGCGGCACUAAUGGGAGCAAAAAUGAAAACAGGCUGAUAAACACACACACUGUCAUGGAUGGCUAAAUAAAAAGUCAGGCAUAAUAAUGGCUAAUUAGAGUUAGAAGGACAUUUGUGUGGAGGGAGCCAAGUGAUUAUUUUGUAGUUCUGUGUCAGUUGACUAGCCACAAGCAUUUUAUAGUAAUUAAUUCCUAAACAAGUCAUAAAUCUGAACUGAUAUGAUUUGCCAGUACUCAUUCUUCAUGUACGCAGAACGAAUCCAAUUGUAAAUUUAAAUAAAGUUUUCUCUUCAAAA